AAACCGGAGAAAGUUCAUAAAUGUCAUAAAUGCGAUAAAAGUUUUGAAUGGUUAUCUACUUUGACAUUGCACCUGACAUCUCAUGGAAAAAAACGACGAUUCUUAUGUGAAAUUUGUAAGAAAACUUUCAAACAUAAAUAUCACUUAACUAGACACAUGAAGAUAGUACAUCCACAGAAACAAACCGAAUCUUUUUCCACAAAAGACACAGAACAUGGCCAAGAAGUGCAAUCAGAUUUUUUACAGACACCGUCAAUAAGUUCUGCAGCAAGAGGUUCAAUUGAAUCUGAACAAGUGGCUUCACAAGAAAGUAUUUUCACAUCAGGAGAAGCUGAAGAAUUUCUUAAAGGUUUUAACAUCGAUUUAGAAAUUAGAAAGUUUGAAACAUCCUCACAACUCGAGUUAUUCUCGGAAAUUGAAAACGAUGAAGAUAAAUUCGAAUGUCGACUUUGUGGACAACAAUUUUCUGAGGAAAUUUCUUUAAAUGAACACGAGAAACAAUUUCACAAAUCUAAUUAAUUUUGGACAUUUAACUUUCAAAUAACAUAAAUUCAAAAAGUCGUCAAAAAUUAUUAACAUUUUUCUACAUUGGUCUGAGACUAAUGAAAAUUAGACAUUAGGAAAACAAUAUUAGUUACAGCACAGUUGAAUGAAAUAAUAUUGGAAAAUUUUCGUAUAAAUUAAUUUAUUGUAGAAAUUACUUCAUAAAAGUACUGUACAUUUGCAGAACGAUACUUUUGGUACGAAACAAAAUUUAAAAAGUUAUUGUUUUAAAUUAAUUAAUGGCUUUAAUUGAAUAAAUU